GGUUGUUAAGUUGACGUAGUAUCGUUUAAAUUCAUUGUUAGAUAAUUACGAAAAGACUCAUUUUACGUAACGACUAAUUUGCUGUGAUCGCCUCAUUACCUUAAUAAUUUUCUUCUCAUUUUAUCUAUAUUUAUUAUUUAGUAGUUCUAUUUUAUCCUGUAUCUUACCUUUAUAUUGUAGCUUUAUCCUGUAUGUGAUAUUAUGUAAUUGUUAAGAAGUUUCAUAUCGGUAUAGCCAUAGGGAUGAAAAUUUGAUCUCUUUUAUAUGGACGUGAACAAACCUGCCAUUAUGAAUUAGCUUUUGUGAUGUGAGUUCGGCCAAAACCUAAUUUAACAAGGUAUCAGAGCCAUAGCCAGACCCGUACCAAUUUGUUGUUCGUCGAUGUUGGGCCCCCACUUAGAAGUGUGCACGCUCCAGUUGAGGUGUGGGCGUGCAGGGGAGUGUUAAGUAGUCUCUCAUCGGUAGAAGGAUGGAAAUUUGGUCUCCUUUUUGGGGUGUGAGUUAAUGUAGUACGAUACAAUAGGAUAUAUUAUGAAACAAUAUGUAACACUCAUCCAAAGAGUACAUGUAAUUGUUGACUCUCACAUAUUUAAGAAUAGAAAGUUGAUAAAAUGUACUUUCAGUUGCACCUUUAUCUUCUAGAAUUUGUGUAAUUAUAUAGCAAUUUUAUUUGCAACAAUCUACAUGGCUUAGCACUCACCAAUUUGCAUUCAUUUGUAAAGUGAAUUAGUUGAUUAACUUUUGAUCUCAUUGUUGGCUAUGCAUUUUGAAUCAUUUCAUUUCUAGAUGGUUUUGGUGUUAUUCACUUGCGUUCAUUAUGCAUUUUUACCAUGUGUUAUUACUUGUGUAAAACUAGAUCAAAUAUAAGUGCAUCUUUUUGCUUCGUAAUGAUCUUUGCGUACAUUUUUCCAGUUUUGCUGAGUAUCUUUUGAAACUUGUGGUCUUUUUCAUACAGAAGAUUGUCGUAAUGGCUGAACAAGAGUAUGGUGGAUCCACAGAGGCUCUGCCCCCUCCUCCCCCUGUUCCACUUGAUUUCUCUCCAGAAAAAGCUGAACCAGCGCCGGUGGAGAAAAAGUUAUUACGUGUUCCCAUGGCUAGGCGUGGCCUUGGAAAGAAGGGACGCAAUAUUCAGAUCCUUACCAAUCAUUUUCAAGUGAACGUAUCUAAUGUUGACGGACACUUCUUUCAUUACAGUGUUGCUCUAUUUUACGAGGAUGGUCAACCUGUCGAGGUUAAAGGAAUUGGCAGAAAAGUUCUGGAUAGAGUGCAUGAAACAUAUCAUGCAGAAUUGGCUGGGAAGGGUUUUGCAUAUGAUGGGGAGAAGAGUUUGUUCACCAUUGGUUCAUUACCUAGAAGUAGAUUCGAGUUCACGGUUGUACUAAAUGACAUAACAUCUAACCGGAACGUUGGAACCUCCAGCCCUCCUAAUGAAGCUGAUAGGAAAAGAUUAAGGCGGCCGUAUCAAUCUAAAACUUAUAAGGUGAAGAUUAGCUUAGCUGGCAAGAUUCCGAUGCAGGCAAUUGCAAAUGCUUUUCGAGGUCAAGAGUAUGAGAACUCUCAAGAAGCCUUACGAGUUCUGGAUAUAAUUUUAAGGCAGCAUGCUGCAAAAAAGGAUUGCUUACUCGUUCGUCAAUCCUUUUUCCAUAAUGACUCAAAUAACUUCGUUGAUGUUGGAGGUGGUGUUCAUGGCUUGAGAGGGUUCCAUUCAAGUUUUCGAACCACUCAGUCUGGAUUGUCUUUGAACAUUGAUAUGUCUACCACAAUGAUAAUAAAGCCUGGGCCAGUGCUUGACUUCUUGAUAGCAAAUCAAAAUUCAAGAGAUUCCGUUUCACUUGAUUGGGCGAAGGCAAAACGCGUGUUGAAGAAUUUGAAAGUGCAGACUGCUACCUCUAACCAAGAAUUCAAAAUAACUGGAUUGAGUGAAAAAUCUUGCCGUGAGCAGACGUUUAUUCUAAAGCGAAGGAGCAAAGAUGAGGAUUGUGAAGUGCAAACUUCAGAAGUGACAGUUUACGAUUACUUUGUUAAUCAUUGUAACAUAGACUUGCGAUAUUCUGCUGAUUUGCCGUGCCUCAAUGUUGGAAAGCCUAAACGUCCUACCUAUUUCCCCAUUGAGCUCUGCACUUUGGUCUCAUUACAAAGGUACACAAAAGCCUUGUCCACCUUUCAGAGGGCUUCCUUGGUGGAGAAGUCCAGGCAAAAGCCUCAGGAGAGAAUGCAAAUUUUGAGCCAUGCUCUCAAAAUGAACAAUUAUGAUGCUGAGCCUCUGCUUCAUUCUUGUGGUGUCACGAUCAAUAGCGACUUCACUCAGAUUGAAGGGCGUGUGCUGUCUGCCCCUGAGUUGAAGGCAGGAAAUGGAGUUGAUAUUUUCGCGCAAAGUGGCAGGUGGAACUUUAAUAAUAAGAGAUUCUUUGAAUCAGCAAAGGUAGAGAAAUGGGCUGUUGUGAACUUCUCUACAAACUGUGAUAUCGGCAAACUAGUCGAAUGUUUGACAGGACUUGGAGAGACGAAAGGAAUUAGUGUGGAAGCUCCAUUGAAAGUGUUUGAAGAGUCUCGACAUCAUAGAAGGGCUCCUCCUGUUGGCAGAGUUGACAAAAUGUUUGAAGAGAUCCAGUCAAAACUUCCUGACGCCCCAAAGUUUCUUCUCUGUCUUCUUCCUGAGAGGAAAAAUUGUGACAUAUAUGGACCAUGGAAGCGAAAAAAUCUGGCUGAUCAUGGUAUAGUAACUCAAUGCUUGGCUCCUGGAAGAGUUAAUGAUCAGUAUCUGACAAACCUUCUCCUUAAGAUCAAUGCUAAGCUCGGUGGUUUAAAUUCUAUGUUAGCUGUUGAGGUUUCUCGUUCCAUCCCCAUGAUAUCUAAGGUCCCCACCAUGAUUCUUGGAAUGGACGUAUCACAUGGCUCUCCCGGCCAGUCUGAUGUCCCAUCAAUUGCUGCAGUUGUGAGUUCAAGGCAGUGGCCUUCAAUAUCUCAUUACAGAGCUUCUGUGCGCACUCAAUCUCCUAAAGUGGAGAUAAUUGAUAACAUAUUUAAAGAAGUUUCAGACACUAGAGACGAUGGGAUUAUGAGGGAACUUUUGCUAGAUUUUCAUGCGAGUUCCCAACAAAGGAAGCCUCAGCAAAUCCUAGUAUUCAGGGAUGGUGUCAGUGAAUCUCAAUUUAAUCAAGUUCUAAACAUAGAACUGGACCAGAUCAUUGAGGCCUGCAAGUUUCUAGAUGAAAAGUGGUCGCCCAAGUUUGUUAUCAUUGUUGCACAGAAAAAUCAUCAUACAAAGUUUUUCCCGUAUGGAUCUGCUAAUAAUGUUCCACCAGGGACAAUUAUAGAUAACAAAGUUUGUCAUCCAAGGAACAAUGACUUCUAUCUGUGCGCCCAUGGUGGAAUGAUUGGUACGACUCGACCUACACAUUACCAUGUGUUGUUAGAUGAAGUUGGUUUCAAACCUGAUGAACUUCAAGAACUUGUUCAUAAUCUGUGCUAUGUGUACCAGAGAAGCACUACUGCAACAUCCAUUGUGGCUCCGAUAGGCUAUGCCCAUUUAGCCGCUGCACAGGUUGGACAGUGGAUGAAAUCCGAGGGCACAUCAGAGACAUCAUCAAGCCAGGAUGGUCUGAGAAAUGCUGGUCCAGUUACUGUUCCUCAGUUGCCCAGACUUCAGAAGAAUGUUGCUAGCUCCAUGUUCUUCUGUUGAGGCCUCCGUUUGAUCGAAAUUUAGUCGAGAAUUCAAUGUGAACUCGAGAGACAGAAUAUGAUAGACUGGGUUAUAGUCUUUGGUUGAUUGUAUAUGCACAUUUAACUCUAAAAAAGAUAUUUUGCACAAGUAACAAUAUGAUUGGUUUUGAUCGGUGGUAUGUCAUAGAUUGAAAUAUUUUAAUGAGAUUAUUUUGUUUCGAGGUAACUUAUCUCAUUAUUUAUAUUAAAAUUGUAGGACAAUACAAUUGUAAAAUUAAAUAACACAUAAUAUAAUAAUUCCCCCACCAACCAAAUGACCCGUAGAAUCGAGAGAUAAU